CUUUCAAUCAUGCAAUGCCACGGGUGGGCUAGCUCUUCCGUUGCCAGCCACCAUAUAUACUUCAUCCGUUAUUCAGGAGAGGAGACGUACCAAUCUUCGAUUCGCCAUGGCCGCCUUCCGCCUCCUCUUCCUCCUGCUUGCCUUGGCCGCCAGCUGCAACAGCACUGCUGCUGCCAGCGUGAUCCCGGUCGCCGCUGGGGACGAGGACCUGCAGCUGCGGCAGGAAGCCAUGGCGCAGGCCAUUACCGUGAUCUCCCGCCACAGGCCAGAGACCAGCGACGCCGAGAAGCUCAAGUGGGCGCUGGGGGUCGUGAACCUCGAGGCCCAGCGGUGGAAGCCCAUCUUCAGAGCCGUCAGCACGGUGCUGGAGAGCGGCGUCGACGACGGCACCAAGGAGGAGGCGUUCGCCCAGGCCAAGGAGGAGCUCAACCGCGACCUCGGCCAGGAAGGUCCCAACGCCCUCAAUGCAAGAUCUGUAGGAAUAAGCCACGGCGUGGUGGCCACGGCCGGGUCAUGUGCGUCGUGGGCAUGCAGAUCAUGCCCGCGCAUGCAGCGCGACAGAUGCGUGGGCGCUGUUGGGAUUAACCACGACGUGGUGCCCCUGUCCGGCACGGACUAG